CCUUCGCUUUCGCUUUCUCCUCCGGAUGGGUGGAAGUGGGCGCCCAGGAAAGGAUCGAUGCACCCGCAGAGAGGGCCAGACCUUUCCUCUCUUCUUUUCAACUUCUCCGACCCAGCCUUGGCUCCAUUCAGCCCCGAUCCGGCUCCAUUCGAGGGUUGUCCGGUCCGGGUUUUGCUCCCAACUUGGGACGGAGACUUGACUGACCCCAGAUCGGCAGAUUCUGAAUUCCCUGGGCCUGGAUGCAGCUGGCAGGGCAGCGUUUAUGGAGGAAGAAACCAGAAAAGCUGAGCAACAGGCUCUGGGGCUUUCGGAAGCCAUCCAAAGCGGAGACGAGGCAGUGGCCAAAGAGUGUGCCUCCUGGUUGGCCGAGCGACGCGUCCCGGUGACAGUGCAGGUGAAGCCGGAGUUCUAUGCUAAGCCUGACAUCAGGCUGUGGGUCGGGGUGGAAGAUGUCCACAUGAGCACCAUCCCCAUCUACCUGAAGGUCCGCCCUUGCAUGACUUUGGCUUCCCUCAAAGACAUGAUGUUCCUCCACUAUGGCUUCCCUCCUGGCAUUCAGAAAUGGGUGGUUGGACAACGUUUGCCUCGGGACCACGAGACUCUCCACUACCACGGCAUCCAGAGAGACGACGAUGCCGCGUACCUCUACCUCCUUUCAGCCAAAGCGGCCAAACUCAGCAAAGAUGCCUUCGAACAGGAACAUCAACGCAGGCAGCUGGAGGAGCUGGGCAUCAAAGAUGGCAUCCUGCUGCCCAGAGGGACAACAAGAGUGGCAAGAGCGGCAGCCGCGGCUGCAGAAGUGGUCCCAGACCACAUGGAUCUGAAGGAGGAGAGGGACGAGGCUCCUCCUCCUCCUCUCCUUGCUGUGCCUCCAAUGGUCGGCUGGGAGUGCCCCACCUGCACCUACCUCAACAAGCCCACGCGACCCGGGUGUGAGAUGUGCUGCACGGAGCGGCCCAAGGGGUACGUCAUGCCAGAGACCUACCAGCCGGACGAGGAGGAACAGCAGCGAAUGCAGCGGGAGGAAGAAGCCCUACGGCAGUAUGAAAGGGCCAAGGAGCAGCAGAAGCAGAAGAACUACCAAGAGCUCCUGCAGCUGGACGGGCAGAGCUUGGUGCCGUCCGACGAAGGGGUGGAGUGUCCCAUCUGCUUCGUGGGCCUGGAGGCUGGCGAAGGGGUGACCUUAAGAGAAUGCCUGCACGUCUUCUGCAAGGAUUGCCUGAGAGGGACCAUCCUGAACAGCCAGGAGCCAGAAGUCCGAUGCCCUUACAUUGAUGAGAAAUACUCCUGUCCGUCGCAGCUUCUGGAGCGGGAGAUCAAGGCGCUCUUGAGCGAAGCGGAGUACCAACGCUUUUUGGACCUGGGCAUUUCCGUUGCCGAAAACCGCAGCCGCUCCAGCUACCAUUGCAAAACCACGGACUGCCGAGGUUGGUGCUUCUAUGAGGACGACGUCAACGAGUUCCCUUGCCCUGUCUGCCUGAAAGUGAACUGCCUGCUCUGCCAGGCAAUCCACGAAAACAUGAAUUGCAAGGAGUACCAAGAUGAUCUCCAGAUCCGGGCGCAAAACGACCAAGCUGCGCAGCAGACCACAGAGAUGUUGCUGAAAAUGGUGCAAAAUGGGGAGGCCAUGUACUGCCCCACCUGCAAGAUCAUCGUCCAAAAGAAAGAUGGCUGCGACUGGAUUCGAUGCACUGUUUGCCACACAGAGAUCUGCUGGGUGACCAAAGGCCCACGCUGGGGCCCAGCGGGUUCGGGUGACACCAGCGCUGGCUGCCGCUGCAAGGUGAAUGGUGUUCCCUGUCACCCAAAUUGCCAGAACUGUCAUUAAUGAAGAUGGAAGGAGAACUCUGAAUGAACAAACAAGUUGCCUCCCGCAGUCCAUGGAUCCCGUGCCCAGAAGGAAAGCUGGAUAUUCGACAAAGCUAAACUCUGGGUAACCGGGUUCUUCUGAAGCCAUGCUGAAUUAAACUUCCAGAAUUGGUGCGUUGGGUUCUAGGCCAUCAACACCCUACCGACUGGUCAUCCAUGAACAAAAGGUGCCUUACUUUUUUUUCUCAACCCAUGAGAACCAGGUGAUGGAAACUGAGCCCCUUUCCUUGGGGCAAGUUGUUAUUUUAACAAAAUUUCACAGACAGUAGCUUCUUUGAGUCUUUGGAAAGGAGGUCCAUGUGAGGCAUGAACUUGCCUUCUCUUCACCUUCUUCACAAACAGCAUUAUAUUCUGCACCCUUUGAGGCCUUCAGCUGAGAGCUGAGCAAAAUGGGUGAUUAAUGAAUUUCCAAUCCCCUUCCCGCGAAAUCAGCAUUGCCCUACAGAGUAUUAGAACCAGAUUUUGGAGUUCUGGUUUCACUACAAAAAAUGCCAACGUGAUGUGUAUAACAAUGUUUGCCCUAAUAAAGAAGCAUUUAUGAACAGUG